AUGGGAGAUGAUCCUUGUUCACAACAUACUAAUGCAAUUAUCUCAUGUGUGGACUUAAUGAAUCAGUCUUGUCAUAUUGAUAAAGUUAUGCAUGCUCAAAGCUCCCAACAAAUUGAAAAAAAUAGGUUGCAUGUUAAGACUUCAAUUGAUGUUGCUCGUUGGCUUGCUUUUCAGGGGUGUGCUUUUAGAGGACAUGAUGAGACUAUUAAUUCAAGAAAUAGUGGUAAUUUUAUUGAAAUGAUCAAACUUUUGGCAUCUUACAAUGAAAAAGUUGCAGAUGUUGUUCUAAUGAAUGCUCCAUUGACAGCCAAGUAUACCUCACCUCAAAUACAAAGAGAGAUUUUACAUGUUCUAGCAGACAAAGUGCGAAAACAGAUUCUGCUGGAUAUCAGGGACUAUAAGUUUUGUAUUAUUGUGGAUGAAUCACGUGAUGAAUCAAAAAGGGAACAAAUGGCUCUUGUCUUGAGAUUUGUUGACAAAGAUGGUUUUAUAAAAGAGAGAUUUUUUGAUCUUUAUCACGUUCAAGAUACAUCUUCUAUGACACUUAAAAAUGCUAUUAGUGACAUACUCUCACAUCAUUGCCUUGAUAUCCAAAAUAUUCGUGGCCAAGGAUAUGAUGGUGCUAGUAACAUGCGUGGUGAAUGGAAUGUAUUGCAAGCAUUGUUUCUUAAUGAAUGUCCUUGUGCUUAUUAUGUGCAUUGUUUUGCCCAUCGAUUACAAUUAGCCUUGAUUGCUGCCUCUAAGGAAGUUUCUUCUAUUUAUCAAUUCUUCCAGAAUUUGAAUUUCAUCAUUAAUAUUGUCACUGCUUCUUCUAAGCGUCAUGAUCAAUUCCAAGCUGCCCAAAUUUCUGAAUUUGAACAUUUGCAGGCUAUUGGUGAGCUUGAAACUAGUACAGGUUUUAACCAAGUAGGUACACUAAAGAGGGCUAGUGAUACAAGAUGGGGUUCUCAUUUUUAUUCUAUAGUCUUCAACGAGGGUAUAAUGAAUCAUGUUCAGUACUUGAAAAAAUUCGCAGUGAAGGCUCAAAUUACUCUCAAAGAGGGGAUGCUACUGCAGCUUAUAAGAUGA